UGAUGGGAGGGGCCAAUGACGGAGUCGCGAACGAAGAUGGGCGGGACUGAGGCCGGCGUGUUCGCGGAGGGAAUCUCGCGAGAUUUGGUGGUUCGGCGGUAUGUUCCCGUACAGGCAGCGUUGUGGAGUGUGAGGCGGAGACACCGGGCGGCGGCGGCUUGAAGCAUCUUCGGUUAUUGAAGCAUCCAGUGAUUGCGAUAUAUCUGGAAAAUUGCCUUUUCUCUUCACCAUGGAUCUUGAGCACCUAUUCAGUUAACCAACCCAUUACAAUGUCAAGUACGGCAGAAAAUGCCUACUCGGUACAGACGGGCAUCUCGCCGACGCAACCGAACCUCAACGUAACACAUUUAUUACAUCUCGAAUGAAGGAGACCUUACAUGACUGAGGCCGGUGUUUUUUACGGGCGUCCUGCUGGUUUCGAUGUAACGUCCUGGAAAAUGAAAUUUUCAUUUUAUUGGCAUGUUAUCACUCAGACGGAGUAAUUCCUUUUCACGGUUCACCAGUCCAAAAUUUUGUUGGCAUGGCUACUGACCCGACGUGAUUGGUCGGUGUCACUCUUGAACUCAUGAGUGGGUACACCAUGCUGCGCAAUGGGGGAUUGGGGAAUGGUGGUCAACCAUGGAUGCUCCGUUGGUCCAAUCGGAUCAGACUCUCUUGGCUAAGCUUAACUUUGUUCAUCAUCCUGGUUUUUUUCCCGCUCAUUGCCCACUAUUACCUCACCACCAUUGAUGAUGGCAACAAUCCCGCAAAACCCGUUUUUCUCCCACGGACGGGCAACGAACUCUGUGAGGUGAAGCACGUUCAGGAUCUCUGUCGGAUACGAGAGUCCGUUAGCGAAGAGCUUCUCCAGUUGGAAGCCAAGCGUCAAGAACUAAACAGCGAGAUAGCAAGGUUAAACCUUAAGAUUGAAGCUUGCAAGAAAAGCAUAGAGAAUGCGAAGCAGGACCUUCUACAGCUCAAAAAUGUCAUCAGUCAGACAGAGCAUUCAUAUAAGGAACUGAUGGCACAAAACCAGCCAAAGCUUUCAUUGCCAAUCCGGCUACUGCCAGAUAAAGACGAUGUUACCGUACCAUUGCCAAAGUCUAAAAGGAACUGCCGGCUACAUAAUUGUUUUGACUACUCAAGGUGUCCCUUGACUUCUGGGUUUCCCGUCUUUGUGUAUAACAGUGAUCAGUACCCGUUUGGCAAUUUGAUAGACCCUUUAAUCAAACAGGCCUUGGAGGCAAGUGUCAGAACUAACGUGUAUGUGACUGAAAAUGCAAAUAUUGCUUGUAUAUAUGUAGUUUUAUUGGGGGAAAUGCAGGAACCAUUGAUGCCAAAACCUACUGAACUGGAGCAGCAGUUGCACUCUUUGCCAUAUUGGAGGACUGAUGGGCACAACCAUCUAAUAAUCAAUUUGUCCCGAAAAUCGGAGACUCAGAAUUAUCUAUAUAACGUGAGCACUGGCCGUUCCAUGAUUGCUCAGUCCACGUUUUACGAUUACCAGUAUCGACCCGGCUUUGACAUAGUGGUAUCGCCAUUGGUCCAUGCAAUGUCGGAACCAAACUUCCUAGAAAUCCCAGCACAGGUGCCCGUCAAAAGGAAGUACCUGUUCAGUUUCCAAGGAGAAAAAAUCGAGUCCUUGCGUUCAAGUUUGCAGGAAGCUCGGUCGUUCGAAGAAGAAAUUGAAGGCAACGCCCCAGCGGACUAUGACGACCGUAUAAUCACCACUCUUAAAGCUGUCCAGGACAGUAAGUUGGAUUUUGUUAUGGUUGAGUUUACCUGUAAAAACCAGCCUAAGGCAAGUCUGCCCACUGAGUGGGCUCUAUGUGGGGGAAGGGAAGACAGGAUAGAGCUACUUAAGCAAUCCACCUUUGCACUGAUUAUAACUCCUGGAGAUUCCCAGCUGAUCAUAUCUGCUGGCAGUGCCAUGCGGCUUUUUGAGGCUCUGGAGGCAGGAGCCAUCCCUGUCAUUCUUGGAGAGCAAAUCCAGCUACCCUACCAUGACAUGAUCCGAUGGAACGAGGCAGUGUUGAUCAUACCGAAACCCCGCAUUACGGAAGUGCAUUUCCUUUUAAGGAGCAUCUCUGACAAUGACCUCCUUGCCAUGAGGAGACAAGGGCGUUUCUUAUGGGAAACCUACUUUUCCACAUCGGAUACAGUUUUUAAUACCAUCUUGGCAACCAUAAGAACUCGUAUCCAAAUUCCAGCUGCUCCAAUUCGAGAGGAACCGGCUGUGGAGAUCCCUCAUCGUUCUGGUAAAGCUGCAGGUACGGAUCCCAACAUGGCCGAUAACGGAGACUUGGAUCUAGGUCCAGUAGAGACAGAACCACCUUAUGCAUCCCCUAAAUACCUGCGGAACUUCACCCUGACUGCAACAGACAUUUACCGGAACUGGAACUCCGCACCGGGUCCUUUUCACCUAUUUCCCCAUACACCUUUUGAUCCUGUGUUGCCAUCUGAAGCAAAGUUCUUGGGAUCUGGAACAGGGUUUCGACCAAUUGGGGGUGGGGCUGGUGGCUCGGGGAAAGAGUUUCAGGCUGCCCUUGGCGGGAACGUGCCCAGGGAGCAGUUCACUGUGGUUAUGUUGACCUAUGAACGUGAGGAAGUAUUGAUGAACUCUUUGGAGAGGUUAAACGGACUCCCAUACUUAAACAAAGUUGUGGUAGUGUGGAACUCGCCCAAGUUGCCAUCCGAAGACCUUUUGUGGCCGGACAUCGGAGUGCCCAUAGUGGUUGUGCGCACAGAGAAGAACAGUCUGAACAAUCGCUUUCUUCCCUGGGAUGAGAUUGAGACGGAGGCCGUUCUCUCUAUUGACGAUGACGCUCACCUCCGGCACGAUGAGAUCAUGUUUGGUUUCCGGGUGUGGCGAGAGGCCAGGGACCGCAUUGUUGGCUUUCCCGGACGCUAUCAUGCCUGGGACAUCCCUCACCAGUCGUGGCUCUACAACUCCAACUACUCCUGCGAGCUGUCCAUGGUGCUGACCGGAGCCGCCUUCUUCCACAAGUAUUACGCCUACCUGUACUCCUACGUCAUGCCGCAAGCUAUCCGGGACAUGGUGGACGAGUAUAUUAACUGUGAGGACAUCGCCAUGAAUUUCCUGGUCUCCCACAUCACCAGGAAACCACCUAUCAAGGUCACCUCCCGCUGGACCUUCCGCUGCCCCGGCUGCCCUCAGGCUCUGUCUCACGACGACUCGCACUUCCACGAGCGCCACAAAUGCAUCAACUUCUUUGUGAAGGUUUACGGAUACAUGCCGCUGUUAUACACCCAGUUCCGCGUUGACUCCGUUCUCUUCAAGACUCGGCUCCCUCACGACAAAACGAAAUGUUUCAAGUUCAUUUGAAGACGUCCAUUCCUGCAACCGGAGACGUCUUCUCUCCCCGAUGUCUUGAUUCCAAGACGUUGCCUCAAGUGUUCUCUAGUCUUAAUGUGUAAAAAGAACAACAAAAAAAAAUGAAAAAAAGUUGAACUAAAGGAUAUGUACUCAAAAAACAAAACAAAAAAAAACAACUAAGGAUACACUGAAGGAGACAACUGUCCGAUUUUUAUUUCUGUAAAUAAAAUAAAAAUUUUAUUCAUAAUUUUUUUUUUUUUUUUUUUUUUGCGGCUCAAAUAUUUAACAUUUUGAGUGGUGAAGCUUUCACGUGACAUCUCGAAGAGCGGCUCAUGCCCCGUGCCCUCCACUCGAUUGAAAUGAGUGUCUCCAAAAGGGACUUGGGUCCCCCAUACUACCCCACCCUCCUUUUGGUUUUUCCCAAAAACAUUCACCAGACGAUCGAUUAUGGCCCCUAUGAAAGAAGCAGAGACUUGACUCGGUCCUCUUCGGAGAUCGCAACGCACAAAAUUACCGAUCCAGCAGCAAUGCUUCACCCUCCGAAUGUGCUCACCAUCGCCCCCUGCCUACAGCUUGGUCUGACGACGUACCAGUAAAGCACAGAAUUACCACUUCAUUCUCACAUUCACCUUUGUAAAUUUAAUAAAUUGCUGUACAGCUCGACUGAUGUAGACAAUGUAUUUAGAAAAAAAAAAAAUUUGGAAUGUUUUUUUAUUUUUUAAUUUUUUUUUAUUUUUUUCGGGCAAUUUUAAGUGGUUACUGUUUACAGUCAUAGAAGUUACUAGUGAUCGCAAUGGAGACUGUUCUAGCAAAACUGUACAGAGCGAACGCAUCUCCGGCGGCAACCAGAGAAGUUUUAUUCUACCAGGUACGAGUAUGGGCCGGUGUUACGGGAGAAAUCCAUUUUCUAGGAUUAGUGAUUUUAGUCUUCAACCUGUGGUAAUUACUUAGAAUUUUUUUUUAUUUUUUAUUAAUUUUAUUAUUUUUAUGCUCAACAAGCAAAACGAUGAAUAAAAACCAUUGGUGAAAACGGAA